AUGGUUCUUACAAUGCUUAGUGACGCUACCGGUGUCCCAAAACCAGUCCUUCGAUUAUUACUUAGUAUUUUAGCCGCUUAUCCGGCUGCUCUUUUUUAUCAUAUCGCAUUUCUCCGUCCUAUGAAAACAAUAUGGGCUCCUUUUAUUCGUAACCUUUAUAUCGUUGUGACUGGCCUUUCAAUUUCUUAUUUUUUUAAUGGAAGUGAUAUAAAACAUUCUCUGAUAACAACUAUCGUAACUUGGCUUAUUUGUUAUUUCGGAGACAUAAUUGGAAACAGAAAGCUUGCUUGUGCUGCAUCAUUUAUCUUCAACUUUUCUUAUAUUCUCAUUGGCUAUUAUGUUACCUCAACCGAUGAAUAUGACGUUGAUUGGACUAUGCCACAAUGCGUUCUUUGUUUAAGAAUGAUUGGGUUUUCAAUGGAUUUUAUGGAUGGAGCUAAAGUUUUAAAAUCAUCCGCACCUGAAAAGAAAACAAUCGAUAACAAUAAGAUCGAUCCUCCAGUUACUCAAUUAAAAACACCAAAGCAACCUAUUUCAUUUGAAAAGAAUUCUCAACUACCAACUUUACCUCCCUUGAUCGAAACCAUCGGUUAUGCGUAUUUCUUUGGAUCUUUCUUGAUUGGUCCACAAUUUUCUUUCCACCUUUAUCGUAAACUCAUUACCAUGUCUUUAUAUGCUGAUGUAAAUAAUAUCCCGUCGGGAUCUUAUAAAUGCGCAUUAAAAAGUUUCUUUAUUGGAGCAUUGUAUUUAGGUAUACAACAAAUAGGUGUAGGAUUUUUUCCCAUGUCAUAUUUGUUGACUAAAGAAUAUGCUGCUAGUCCAUUCUUUGAAAGGCUUGUAUGUAUGUGGUUUGCAGGAAAAUUUGCUUUCACAAAGUACCUAGGCAUCUGGACUUUGGCCGAAGGAUCAUGUAUUUUAUCCGGUAUUUCUUUUAACGGUUAUGAUGAUAACGGUAAACCGGAAUGGAACGGUUUGGCCAACGUUGACAUUAUGAAAUUCGAAUUUUCUACAUCGCUUAAUCAAAUUGUUACGGCUUUUAACACAAAUACGAAUCUUUGGACCAAGUUAUAUAUCUUUAAACGACUUAUUUUCCUUGGAAAUAAAAAUCUUUCAUCACUUGGUGCAUUACUCUUCCUUGCUUUAUGGCAUGGACUUCACCCGGGGUACUAUUUCUGUUUCUUCCUUGAAUUUGUAGAUAUUGAGACAGAGAAAAGAUGGGUGAAACGAUUAGAACCGUACACUAAACAAUUAUAUGAUCCAAUGAAUAAAUCUUAUUCUAUCACUAUUUUAAGGAGAUUACAUAAUUUUGCGUGUUGGUUUGGUCAGACUUGUGGAUUACAUUAUGCAAUGGUAUCAUUUGAAUUAUUAAAAUGGGAUCGCGUCAUAACUGCAUAUAAUUCAGUAUAUUGGAUUGGACAUAUAGUGGUAUUUACAUUACUUCUUGCCGACAAUAUUUUACCAAGAAAAAGAGUGAAAAAAAUUGGAGACAUAAAUAAUACAAAACUUUCAUUGAAUGAAAAGGCAAAGGUUGUUUCUGAUUAUGUUAACGGUACUAAAAUUAAAGAGCAGUAA